AUGACGAGGAUUCAAGAAUUAUCGGAGGAGUUGCAUUCACUUCAGCAACGAGUGGACUCGAACUUGGAGGAACUUCGCAUGCAAGCGACGGUUCAGGCUAAUGAAACCAGGAACCAGUUUUCCUUACUGGUUUUACAGAUGCAACAAUUGCAGGAAACGAUUAUGGCUAAUCAAACGCCUAAGCAUGGUAAUUCACACAGCAAUAAUUCUCCUGUUUCGCACAAUUACACCAAAUCAGAUUCCAUGGAUCAUCGUUCCUUACUCAAGGGGGUUCGCAUGGAGAUACCGGUUUUCAAUGGUACUGAUCCUAACAACUGGAUUUUUAAAGAAGAGUUGUUCUUUACUCUUCAGUUGAUUCCCGAGGAAACAAAGGUUGCUUUGGCUGGGUUGAAGAUGGAAGGCAUGGCUGCCUCUUGGUUUCAAUGGACUUUCAACAAUGGUAAGGCUCGUGCAUGGUCUGAUUUUGUUUCUGCUCUUCGCCAGCGUUUUGGCAUGUCUGGCUUUACAAAUUUAAAAGGAGCUUUAUCCAAAUUGACUCAAACAUCUUCCCUACGUGCAUAUAUUCAACAAUUUGAGGCAUUGGUUAAUCAAAUUCCUGAACUAGAUGAUGAUCUUUUAAUGAACUUUUUUGUUUCGGGUCUCCAAUCUGAAUUACGUAGUGCGGUCCAAUUAAAGGAACCUAUAUCCUUACACCAAGCCAUUCAGCUGGCUAUGGCUUAUGAUGAUCAUUUUACUGAUCUCAAAACUUCGUUCCAAGGUGCACCUAAGAAAUUUUUUCAGAAACCUGUGUCUGGCUUAGAUAACUCUUCUGUGUUGCCCAAUAAUUCCAUCCCUCAUUCUGGAAUUUCGAAUACACAGAGAUUGGCCUUACCAGCUCCUAUCCCAAUGAAACGUGUGUUGAAUGCUGAUUUACACAAGAGGAGAGAAUUGGGUCUUUGCUAUACAUGUGAUGAGAAAUGGAAUUCUAAGCACAUUUGCAAGAAUAAAUUGAUGUUAUUGUUUGGUGAGGAUGAUGUUGUUGAUCAGGCAGUAGAGGAGGAACAGAUUGUUUGGCAAGUUGAUAACUCUGUUGGAGAAGCAAAGGAUGCUUCACUUCAUACCUUGAGGGAUACUACUCACUACCAUGCCUUGAUGUUUAGUUCAACAUUUGCAGGUAUGGAUUUCUCUAUUUUAGUUGACUCAGGGAGCACCCAUAAUUUCAUACAACAUCAGUUAGCUGUGAAACUAGCCUUGCCUAUAUCACAUUCUCAACGAAUUCGUGUGUUUUUGGGUAAUGGGGAUGUUAUGCAUUCUGAUAAAAAAUGUCUCAAGGUACCAUUACUGAUUCAAGGUCAUAAGUUUGUCUGUGAUCUGUGGGUUCUGGAUUUAUCUGAUAUGGACAUCAUUUUGGGUAUGCCAUGGCUGGAACGGCUGGGAAAGGUUACUCAUGAUUAUAUCAGUAAGUCAAUGGAGUUUUGGUGGGAAGAGAAUUCAAUUGUCUUGCAAGGUCAUAAUCCCACUGAUGUCUCUGCUAAAUUGAAUACAAUUCUGUCCCAAGAGUGGGCUGGCUGUCAUGCCUUACAAACAGAAUCAGAUUCUUCUAUACAGGUUACAAUACUGCCUGAGUUACUCAAAAUGCAAUCUGAUCUCCAUCCCCUUCUUUGGCCUAUAUUGUUGAAUUUUCAGCAGGUAUUUGCACUUCCUAGUGGAUUGCCACCUUUUAGAGGAUUGGAUCAUUCCAUCCACUUAGAGCCAGGUACCAAACCUGUUAAUGUUAAACCAUACAGAUAUGGUCAUGGUCAAAAAUCUGAAAUUGAAAAACAGGUCUUUGAGCUUCUAGCUUCGGGUUUCAUCCAACAUUCUCAUAGUCCAUUCUCUUCACCAGUCUUGUUAGUGAGAAAAUAA